AUGGCUCCUAAAGCCGCUCCUGCCAAGAAGGCUGAUGCCAAGGCCCAGGCCUUGAAGGUUGCCAAGGCUGUGAAGUCUGGGGCAGGCAAGAAGAAGACCAAGAAGAUCCGCACGUCUGUGACAUUUCACCGCCCCAAGACCCUGAAGAAGGCCAGGGACCCGAAGUACCCAAGAAUCAGCACCACUGGAAGAAACAAGCUUGAUCAGUACCAAAUCCUCAAGUACCCCCUCACCACAGAAUCGGCAAUGAAGAAGAUUGAAGAUAACAACACUCUGGUCUUCAUCGUGGAACCUCAAGGCAGACAAGAAGAAGAAGAUCAAGGCCGCUGUCAAGAAGAUGUAUGA